CACUGUUAGAUGUCAUUUGGUCGAUGGCAGAGGUACGCAGUGAGGUGGAGACUAGUUCUCUAGGUCUAGGAGCCCCACAGUCGGCAGAUUACCCUCAGCUACCACACCCUGCUGCAGACCCUACGCUGCCUGUAGCAGAGCCCCUGAAGGUACCGGAGGACCUCCAGCCAGAGACACAGGCUGAGCCUGACACCUGUCCACUGCCACCCAGGAGGAUGUGGGAGGACAGCUUCGACACAGAGAAUUACUCAGCAGUGUCGUGGAGGCAGUAUUUUGACCAGUCAGAGGACAUCCCAGUAGGACCGUCAGAGACCAGAGAUGUGUUCAGGGUCUACAGGAACGGGACUGAUGGACCUCUACUGGUUCUGCUGCACGGAGGAGGACACUCUGCCUUGUCCUGGGCUGUUUUUACUACAGCCAUAGCCAGUAGGGUGACCUGCAGGGUGCUGGCCAUGGACCUCAGGGGUCACGGUUCCACCCAGGUACGUCAGUCAGACGACCUCUCCACACAGACCAUGUCUAGGGAUGUGGCCAAUGUGGUGCGAGCGUGCUACGGAGAGGCCCCUCCCCCCAUCGUCCUGGUUGGUCACAGUAUGGGCGGGGCCAUCGCUGUCCACACCGCCUCCAGCAUGCUCCUCCCCACUACUGUAGGAUUGGUGGUGAUAGACGUGGUGGAAGGCAGUGCCAUGGAGAUGCUACACAGCAUGCAGAACUUCCUGAAAGGACGACCCAGGUCUUUUGAGUCUAUUGCCCAUGCCAUAGAGUGGAGUGUUAAGAGCGGUCAGAUCAGGAACCGGGAAUCAGCACGAGUAUCCAUGGUGGGACAGAUCAAGAGGCAUGUAGAGGUGGAGGAUGUUGUUGAAUCGCCUGAGCAGGCCGUCCCUGUUAGUGACGUAGUCGUCGAGGGCAACGAGGAGAUCUGCGUUGACCCGAGCUACGUUAGCGACAAGCCAGACGGUACAUCAGAGGUGAGCAUCCCGGAACCCGAGGGUGUGUACAGCUGGCGUAUAGACCUGUCCAAAGCAGAGAAGUACUGGGACGGAUGGUUCAGAGGGAUCUCUAAUCUGUUCCUGGGAUGUAACCUGCCCAAACUCCUCCUGUUAGCAGGUGUAGAUCGUCUGGACAGGGACCUGACUAUAGGCCAAAUGCAAGGAAAAUUCAUGAUGCAGGUGCUGCCCCCUAGUGGCCACGCAGUGCACGAGGACACACCAGACAAAGUUGCAGAUGCUCUGGCCAGCUUUCUGUUCAGACACAAGUUUGCUGAGGCCAGCAGAGGUCAGCGCACGAGCUCCUCCUACCCUUUCACGCGGUGAAGUCAGGCAGACCAACAGAGAACAUCCAGUCUUUCUGUGUCCUGAACAACAAAUAUUUCAAUCAUUUUCAUAUUUUACUUUCCAACAGUUUAUAAUGUUUUAGUAUUCACUUCGGUUACCUCAUUUUAGCUUCUUAGUCACUUAGAAUUCUAUCUUUUACAGUCGUAGUGUAGUUCAGUAAACAUGUUGCAGUGUUUUUAAAGUACAAGCCCCAGUAGUAUGGGCAGUGGGAUGGUGUUAUGUAUGUAGUAAAAUGUGUCUAGUUGGACUGUGACUCAAACAUGUGUUGGGUAAACAGUUCUCAUGGGAGAGGAAUGUAACGAUCACUAACACACACACACAGGAAAGCAGGCAUGCACACACACACACAGGAAGUAGGCAUACACACACACACACACAGGAAAGUAGGCAUACACACACACACAGGAAAGUAGGCAUACACACACACACACACACACACUAAGGAAAGCAGGCAUGCACACACACACACUAAGUAGGCAUACACACACACACUAAGGAAAGCAGGCAUGCACACACACACACUAAGGAAAGUAGGCACACACACACAGUAAUAUGAUACAGGAGGGGAGUGAUGAUAUUUUCAUAAAAGCUACAUUUCUUGUUGUGUGAAGGAAGCCAUGUUUUAAAAGGACGCUAGAAAGACAACAAUAACAUGUAGUAGCAGGAAACGGACUAGUUUCUGAUAAACAUAGACCUGAAUGUGGACUAGUUUCUGAUAAACAUAGUCCUGGACUGUGGACUAGUUUCUGAUAAACAUAAUCCUGAAUAUGGACUAGUUUCUGAUAAACAUAGUCCUGGACUGUGGACUAGUUUCUGAUAAACAUAGUCCUGAAUGUGGACUAGUUUCUGAUAAACAUAAUCCUGAAUAUGGACUAGUUUCUGAUAAACAUAGUCCUGAAUGUGGACUAGUUUCUGAUAAACAUAGUCCUGUACUGUGGACUAGUUUCUGAUAAACAUAGUCCUGGACUGUGGACUAGUUUCUGAUAAACAUAGUCCUGGACUGUGGACUAGUUUCUGAUAAACAUAGUCCUGAAUGUGGACUAGUUUCUGAUAAACAUAGUCCUGAAUGUGGACUAGUUUCUGAUAAACAUAAUCCUGAAUAUGGACUAGUUUCUGAUAAACAUAGUCCUGAAUGUGGACUGGUUUCUGAUAAACACAGUCCUGAAUGUGGACUAGUUUCUGAUAAACAUAGUCCUGUACUGUGGACUAGUUUCUGAUAAACAUAGUCCUGGACUGUGGACUAGUUUCUGAUAAACAUAGUCCUGGACUGUGGACUAGUUUCUGAUAAACAUAGUCCUGAAUGUGGACUAGUUUCUGAUAAACAUAGUCCUGAAUGUGGACUAGUUUCUGAUAAACAUAGUCCUGAAUGUGGACUAGUUUCUGAUAAACAUAGUCCUGGACUGUGGGCUAGUUUCUGAUAAACAUAGUCCUGAAUGUGGACUAGUUUCUGAUAAACAUAGUCCUGAAUGUGGACUAGUUUCUGAUAAACAUAGUCCUGAAUGUGGACUAGUUUCUGAUAAACAUAGUCCUGGACUGUGGACUAGUUUCUGAUAAACAUAGUCCUGAAUGUGGACUAGUUUCUGAUAAACAUUGUCCUGGAAUGUGGACUAGUUUCUGAUAAACAUAAUCCUGAAUGUGGACUAGUUUCUGAUAAACAUAGUCCUGGACUGUGGACUAGUUUCUGAUAAACAUAGUCCUGGACUGUGGACUAGUUUCUGAUAAACAUAGUCCUGAAUGUGGACUAGUUUCUGAUAAACAUAGUCCUGAAUGUGGACUAGUUUCUGAUAAACAUAGUCCUGAAUGUGGACUAGUUUCUGAUAAACAUAGUCCUGGACUGUGGACUAGUUUCUGAUAAGCAUAGUCCUGAAUGUGGACUAGUUUCUGAUAAAUAUAGUCCUGGAUGUGGACUGAAUCUGUUUUGGAAACCAGUGUGUUGUAAAUAGACACCAGGCUCAUAUAGUUUGUAGUGUCCUUCCAUGUUAUUCUGUCAUGUAAUGUCUCUCUUAAGGGUUUAUUCAUGAUAAUCUGUAAUGUCUCUCUAAGGGUUUAUUCAUGUUAAUCUGUAAUGUCUCUAAGGGUUUUAUUCAUGUUAAUCUGUAAUGUCUCCCUAAGGGUUUAUUCAUGAUAAUCUGUAAUGUCUCCCUAAGGGUUUAUUCAUGAUAAUCUGUAAUGUCUCUAAGGGUUUUAUUCAUGUUAAUCUGUAAUGUCUCUAAGUGUUUAUUCAUGUUAAUCUGUAAUGUCUCUAAGGGUUUAUUCAUGUUAAUCUGUAAUGUCUCCCUAAGGUUUUUAUUCAUGAUAAUCUGUAAUGUCUCUCUAAGGGUUUAUUCAUGAUAAUCUGUUAAUCUGUAAUGUCUCUAAGGGUUUAUUCAUGAUUAUCUGUUAAUCUGUAAUGUCUCCCUAAGGGUUUUAUUCAUGAUAAUCUGUAAUGUCUCCCUAAGGGUUUAUUCAUGAUAAUCUGUAAUGUCUCCCUAAGGGUUUAUUCAUGAUAAUCUGUAAUGUCUCCCUAAGGGUUUAUUCAUGAUAAUCUGUAAUGUCUCCCUAAGGGUUUAUUCAUGUUAAUCUAUAAUGUCUCUCUUAAGGGUUUAUUCAUGAUAAUCUGUAAUGUCUCCCUAAGGGUUUUAUUCAUGAUAAUCUGUAAUGUCUCUAAGGGUUUAUUCAUGAUAAUCUGUAAUGUCUCUCUAAGGGUUUAUUCAUGAUAAUCUGUAAUGUCUCCCUAAGGGUUUAUUCAUGUUAAUCUGUAAUGUCUCCCUAAGGGUUUAUUCAUGAUAAUCUGUUAAUCUGUAAUGUCUCUAGGGGUUUAUUCAUGAUAAUCUGUAAUGUCUCCCUAAGGUUUUAUUCAUGAUAAUCUGUAAUGUCUCUAAGGGUUUAUUCAUGAUAAUCUGUAAUGUCUCCCUAAGGGUUUUAUUCAUGAUAAUCUGUAAUGUCUCCCUAAGGGUUUAUUCAUGAUAAUCUGUAAUGUCUCUAAGGGUUUAUUCAUGAUAAUCUGUAAUGUCUCUAAGGGUUUUAUUCAUGAUAAUCUGUUAAUCUGUAAUGUCUCCCUAAGGGUUUAUUCAUGAUAAUCUGUAAUGUCUCUAAGGGUUUAUUCAUGAUAAUCUGUAAUGUCUCUAAGGGUUUAUUCAUGAUAAUCUGUAAUGUCUCUAAGGGUUUAUUCAUGAUAAUCUGUAAUGUCUCUAAGGGUUUAUUCAUGAUAAUCUGUAAUGUCUCCCUAAGGUUUUAUUCAUGAUAAUCUGUAAUGUCUCUAAGGGUUUAUUCAUGAUAAUCUGUCAUGUCUCUAAGGGUUUUAUUCAUGAUAAUCUGUUAAUCUGUAAUGUCUCUAAGGGUUUAUUCAUUAAAAGAGAGACGUGAAAAAGAAAA